GUGGUGCAUGAUGGGAGUUGAUGACACGCCCUAGCAACACAUACGUAAUCAUUGGUUAUGGGAGCAAAUCCGUCAUAACGCCAAUAAAACGGUUCUUAACGUGUUCAUAUUUUAAAAAACAGACACAAUGCAGGCGGAUGAUGUAAGAUAUUUAAAAAGGAAAGUCAAGGGAGGAAGUCUGGAUGUCCAUCCCACAGAGAAAGCCCUUAUUGUCCAGUAUGAAGUGGAAGCGACUAUUAUGGGAGAAAUAGGAGGCCCGAUGCUUGGGGAACGCAAAGCUUGUCAGAAAAUUGUUCGUCUGAAAAGCCUUACUGCCAGCACGGAUAUCGGCUCGCUGGCACGGAAAGUGGUGGAGGAAUGCAAACUCAUUUCACCCUCCAAGCUCCCAGAAGUGGAGCGACUGCUCUUCUACCUGCAGAACCGCAAGUCAACUACAGAAAUAAAAGAGAAGAAGCAGAUAAAGCCACGAGAUCCAGCUCCUUUUGAAGGCAUGGAGCUAGACGAGGAGGCCAAUAUCAACAGCAUCGAAGACUACGUGGAGCUGCUGUACGAGGACGUUCCAGAGAAAAUCAGAGGAGCUACGCUUAUUCUGCAGCUGGCUCGUAAUCCUGACAACCUGGAGGAGCUGCUUCAAAACGAGGCGGCUCUGGGAGCCCUGGCCCGUGUACUGAGGGAGGACUGGAAGCAGAGCGUGGACUUGGCGACCACUAUCAUCUACGUCUUCUUUUGCUUCUCCAGUUUCAUCCAGUUCCACGCACUGAUCACUCACUACAAGAUCGGUACGCUUUGCAUGAACAUCAUGGAGCACGAGUUGAAGAGGUACGACCUGUGGCAGGAGGAGCUGCAGAAGAAGAAAAGAGCUGGGGAGGAAGACCCAGAGAACCAGAACGUGAAGAAAGAGUAUGAGAAAGCGCUGAAGAAGUACCAUAGUCUGCUGAACAAGCAGGAACAGCUUCUCAGAGUGUCUCUGUACCUGCUGCUGAACCUGUCUGAGGACACGCGCAUAGAGCUGAAGAUGAGGAACAAAAAUAUAGUGCACCUGCUGGUGAAAACACUGGACCGGGAAAGCGAGGAGCUCCUGGUUCUGGUCGUGUCCUUUCUCAAGAAGCUCAGCAUCUUUCUGGAGAACAAGAACGAUAUGGCUGAAACAGACACUGUGGAGAAGUUGGCUAAGCUGGUCCCCUGUGAUCACGAGGAUCUGCUGAACGUCACGCUGCGUCUCCUCCUCAACCUCUCCUUCGACACAGGCCUCCGCAGCAAGAUGGUGCAGGUGGGCCUACUGCCCAAACUCACUGCCCUGCUAGGAGACGAAGCACAGAACCACUUAGCUAUGCGCAUACUGUACCAUAUUAGCAUAGAUGACCGCUUCAAGUCCAUGUUCGCCUACACUGACUGUAUUCCGCAGGUGAUGAAGAUGUUGUUCGAUUGUGGCGAGGAAGGAGUAGACCCGGAGCUCAUCUCCUUCUGCAUCAAUCUGGCAGCCAAUAAGAGAAACGCACAGCUCAUCUGUGAAGGUAAUGGACUGAAGAUGCUGAUGAAGAGAGCAUUCAAGCUGAAGGAUCCACUGAUGAUGAAAAUGAUCAGGAACAUCUCCCAGCACGAUGGACCCUCCAAAAACCUAUUCAUUGAUUACGUCGGAGACUUCGCGGCUCAGAUCGGUCAGAACGAGGACGAGGAAUUCAUGAUCGAGUGUUUGGGCACGCUGGCGAACUUCACCAUCCCUGAUCUGGACUGGGAGCUGGUGCUUAAAGAGUACAACCUGGUACCCUUCCUGAAAGAGCACCUCAAACCCGGUUCUGCAGAAGAUGACCUUGUGCUGGAGGUGGUGAUCAUGAUCGGCACGGUCUCUAUGGACGACUCCUGCGCCGCCAUGUUAGCUAAAUCAGGCAUCAUCCCUGCUCUUAUAGAGCUGCUCAACGCCCGACAAGAGGACGAUGAAUUCGUUUGUCAGAUCGUCUACGUCUUCUACCAGAUGGUGUUCCACCAGGCCACUCGAGACGUCAUUAUAAAGGAGACGCAAGCUCCAGCCUACCUCAUCGACCUGAUGCACGACAAGAACGCCGAAAUCUGCAAAGUGUGUGACAACACGCUGGACAUCAUAGCCGAGUACGAUGAAGAGUGGGGGAGGAAGAUCCAAAGCGAGAAGUUCCGUUGGCACAACUCUCAGUGGCUGGAGAUGGUAGAGAAUCGGCAAAUGGACGAAGUGGAACCCUACUUGUACGGCGAUGAAGGAGAGCCCUUUUUACAGGGAGCAGACAUCCUGGAGCGACCCGACCUUUUCUACAGUGCAGAUGGAUUAAUCUCUGCAGAUGCCGCCAUCAGUCCAGACUUCUUUACAGAAUUUCAAAAUGGAGAUUACGUCACGUCACACGGUUUCCCGGGCAGCGCCGUCUCGGAAAGAUACGUUCAGGGGCCAGGAGGAGCCAUGCGGCCUGCUACAGCCUACGGCUUCCGUCCAGACGAGCAGCACUUCUACAGCUACUCCACAUCACGGUCCGGUUCUUUGCAGCUAUAGGAAGGUGUUAACUCUUGGAUUCAUGCAUGGCAGAGGUCAAGUACAGUUUAUUUGCACACUGAAACUACAAUUCAUCCAUCACUGAAUCUCACACACACUUAAAGGUGCGGUGCACAAUGUUUGACAGCCAAUGUUGACAUUUGAAAUCACCAAAACAAACACGCCCCUAACCCAAAUGGGUGUCACCCCUGUUUUGAUAGCUCCGCCCACACAUACAUACGUAACCCAGGCAACUGGAAAGCUGAUCCUAUAUUAACACAAUCCUGCUUCUGGCCUUAUCAUAAGCCUUUUUUCAUUUUUACCCGCCAUGUCAGUGUAUCAAUCGCUUUCUGCUAAUGUCACACAUGCGCACUGAAAGCUCUCUCCACCGCAUAUUGACAAGACACGCCCCUUUCUGCUCAUUGGCUACACGUUUGUUUUGUUUGUCGGCCCGACUCGGUUUUCGGAAGCGUUUCUCAAACAUCGUGCACCCCACCUUUAAACACUUUUUUAGCGUUUGAGACACUUCCCCAAGUGUGUGCUUGGGAGAAUAUUUGACACUAGCUAAUGUCUUGAGUUUAUUUAUUGCUUUGUAAAUAAUAAGUAGUGAUGCCUUUUAUCCGUCUCAUGACCUGCUGCACGGCAGCUCACGACUGUGCACUGUUUAUUGUUAUUUUGCUCUUCUAAAUGAAAACUUUUUGUAUGUGUGAAAUUUUUGUUUCAAGUUAUUUUAUGACAGUUUUAUGUUUUCAAAUUUCAUUCAUAUUUUUUUUUCUUUUAAAUUUUCGGGGGGGUUUUUUUUGUGCCUGUGGAUCGUGUCUUACUGCUGUUUUAUACAAGAUGCCUGUUAUUUCUGUGGUGCAAUAUUAAAUCAAACGAAUCCGA